AUGUCUUUCCUUCAUAAUCAUUCUUGCGAGUGCGUUAAGUCAGAAUUGGAUUUGUUUGCACUACCGUCUACACAAACUAGCAUUGAAAAUGGAUUGUGGAUUCAUUAUAAACCAAUUUCAUCUCUUGGUGAUGAUGGACCUAUCGAGUUUCAAGUUCCUGGGACCGGCGAUGACUACAUAGAUUUGUCUCAUACAUUACUCCACAUAAAGGCAAAAGUAUUAAAUCAAGAUUCAACUAACUUGGUAUCUACUACAAUAGUAGCACCUGUAAAUAAUUGGCUGCAUUCACUUUUUAGUCAACUUGAUGUUUAUUUAAACCAAAAACUUGUAUCACCACCUAAUAAUACCUAUGCAUAUCGAGCAUACAUGGAAACCCUUUUAAACUAUGCCCCUGCUGCUAAACAAUCUCAUCUUACUUGUAGUCUUUGGUAUGAGGAUACAGCAGGAAAAAUGGAUUCUACAGAUGGUAAAAACAUAGGAUUUGUUAAAAGACAGGAAUUGAUUAGUGAAAGUAAGGAAAUAGAAAUGAUUGGUCAUCUUCACGGUGACAUUUUUAACCAAGAUAAAUUUUUAAUUAAUGGUGUUGAAAUGAGUGUUAAAUUGGUUCGAUCAAGAGAGAGUUUUAAUUUAAUUGUUGGGUCAAACGAUGUAAAGUUUAAAGUUUGCAUUACGGAUGCAACUCUUAUUGUUCGACGAGCACGAAUUAAUCCAAGUGUAUUACUCGCACAUCAAAAAGUUUUAGCUUCUACCACUGCUAAAUAUCCUAUUACUCGAGCUGAAGUAAAAGUUUUAACAAUUCCUUCGGGUGUUCAAGGAAAAACUCUUGAUAAUAUAUUUUUAGGACAGGUACCGAAAAGAUGUAUAAUUGGAUUUGUGAACAAUUCUGCAUUUAAUGGUUCCCUUACUAAAAAUCCAUUUAACUUUGAAAACUAUGGUAUUAAUUCUUUCAGCUUAUAUAUUGAUGGUCAACAAAUAUCUUCAAAAGCUUUGCAACCAUCUUUUAAUAAUAGCAUAUUUACAUCAGCAUAUCAUACUCUAUUCUCGGGAACUGGUAUUCACUUUCUUAAUGAAGGAAAUGGAAUCUCUUGUGAACAGUAUGGCAAAGGUUACUGUCUAUUAGCAUUUGACUUAACUCCUGAUUUAUCAGCUAACUCAUCAACUCAUUGGAAUCUCAUAAAGCAUGGUAGUGUAAGAAUAGAAGUACGAUUUGAAUCCUCAUUAAUACAAACAAUUAACUGUAUAGUUUAUGCUGAGUUUGAUAAUAUUAUUGAGAUAGAUAAAAACAGAAAUGUUACUGUAGACUAUAGUAGUUAA